CGGUAUGACUAUUUUACCAGUCGAUGAUGUCUCCAUCGCUUUCACGUCGUUUUUUAUGAAACUCAUAGGAUUUUGGCUUGCUGCCAAUCGCAGUGAACAACGGCUCAGAGACGUCACAUUGUUUUAUACCAUGUUCGCGAUUCUUUUCGCCUUGUGGGUUCAGACUGUGGAUUUCUAUCACUCCCGCGAAGAUUUUGGGGCUUGUCUUUAUAAUGCAUGCAACAUUUUGUCGCUGACAGUGCCAAUGUUUAAGAUACUCGUUCUGCUUGUGCACAAAGAGAAAUUCUUUCAUUUAAUCACAUAUUUCGAGCGAAAUUUUCUGCAUGCAAAUUAUGACAAAUACGAAGCAUCGGUAUUGGCCAGUUGCAAACGCCAAUGCACUUUUUUCAUUUGUAUCUUUAUUUUCUUUACCGAAAUCACCGUUAUGUCUUACAUCGGUACACCAAUUAUUGCGAACAUCGGAAAGAACGAAUCUGAGAGAGAACUUCCGUUCGAUAUGUGGGUUGAUUUGCCAGUAACCAUGACACCGUAUUUUGAAAUCUUUUUCACUGUGGAGGCUCUAUGCGUCUAUCACAUUGGGUUGGCAUAUUUUUGUUUCGACAAUAUAUUAUGCAUCUUGAGCUUACAUCUGGCUGGACAGUUUAAAAUAUUGCAAUAUAGAUUAUCGGGCAAAUAUAUUGUAACCCAUGAAAAGAAUUCGGAGAAGAAUUGUUCGAAACUUUUAAACGAUUCUUAUGGUACCUUUAAAGGAUACAUUCGACAACAUCAAACACUCAUCGCGUUUUGCAAUCAGCUUGAGGAAGUAUUCAGUCCGAUUGUACUCGUGCAAGUCAUGGCAUUCAGUUUGAUAAUUUGUCUCGAUGGGUUUCAAAUGCUUCUGGCAAAUCUGCCGCUCAGGCGACUUAUCUUUCUCUUCCACUUCAUGGCGACCACCUGUCAAUUACUGAUGUUUUCGUACAGUUGUGACCGCAUUAUUCGAGAAAGUAUGAAAUUGGCCCCGGCAGUAUAUUCUGGACCGUGGCUCCUUUUACCCAUAAGUAAAAACGGACAGAAGAUAAAGAAAGAUUUGAUAAUGGUCAUCAUGAGGUCUAAUGUACCUUGCUGCCUUACAGGCAGUGGAUUCUUCAUGGUGUCUUUGGAAACCUACACGAAGGUUUUAACUACAGCUGCAUCCUACUUUACACUGUUACAACAAACCCAGAAUACUAUUAGUUCGUACAAAGAGAUGAACGCAGUCAUGUACAGCGAUCAUUGUUAUGCAGCUCUCAAGAAGUGUAUACAACAUCAUCAGUUGCUUAUUGAGUUCUGCGUGAAGCUUGAACAAGUAUACACCAUGACGAUCUUUACGCACAUGACAGUUUUAAGUUUGUUGCUGUGUUUCGAUUCCUACGAAAUACUCGUGGCAAAUACGAGUGCUUCUAUGCGAAUCAUUUUCUUGUUUCACGCAAUUGGAAGCCUGGGUCAGCUGUUUAUGCUUACGUAUACUAGCAAUUUUAUGAUGGAGGAAAGCACGAAUGUUAUUACCUCGAUGUAUUUAGGAUCUUGGAGCACAUUGCCAAUGAAUAAAGUUGGCAGAUCAUUUCGAUCGGCUAUGAAAUUCAUUAUGAUUAGAUCAUUAAAACCGUGCUAUCUGACUGCUGCCGGAUUUUUCCCUCUGACUUUGGGAACUUUUACUUCGCUUUUAAGUUCUACAUUCUCUUACUUUACUUUGAUGAGGCAAUCGUUCAUGAGACCCGAUGGAGAGUAAUAUAAGAAAUAAUUUAAUAUGUAUCAAAUGCGAUGUAAGAAACAUACAAAUGUGUCGAAAGAUAAUAUGUGAAUAAUUUUCAA